AUGACUCUGUCAAUUCGUAAACAAUUAAAUACUCAAUUUCAUUUGAAAUUUUUCCAAUGGGUCACAUUAUUUUCACUUUAUAUUACAAUCAACCAAAUCUCAUUAGUUAUUUCAAAUGGAUGCCUUCAACCUAAUGGAAUGUCUAUAUGCUGUGCUGGUCGUGAGAAGAAAUGCUUUGUUUACAAAUCAACCAAACAAUCUUCAAUAUCUAGAUAUUAUCCAUGGAGGAAAUCUCGUAGUGUAACAAGUCAUUCAAGUCCACAUGAUCGAUGUUAUUGUGAUGAGAGUUGUGUAAUUACUGGAGAUUGCUGUCAUGAUUAUCAUUUCGUAUGUCAAAAAACCAAAGUGGAUUGUACAGUUAGUGAAUGGGGACCAUGGACAAGUUGUGAAUAUGCAUGCGGUCAAAGUACUAGUACACGUUACAGACAAGUACAAAUUAAACCAAGUAAUAAUGGUAAACCAUGUCCAGAGUUGAAUGAAACAAAACCAUGCAUUGGAUAUAAUUGUGCAUCAAAAAGAUUUGGAAGAUCUGGAACACUGAUGGUACCUUAUGUUUAUGAUAUCAAAGCUGAAGUGGCACAUUUACUGCCUGUACGUGGAGAUGUAUUGGAUUUAACUAGACGUUAUGAUAUGCGUUUUGAUGUUCGACGUAAACUCUACCUUGGUAGAUUAAUCAAAAUGAAUAAGACUGAACAACCAGAACCUGAUCCGUAUUGUGCAGUAUAUGAGAUUACACAUACAAAUCAAGCUUGUCGGUCACAGAAUUUGUUAUGGCAAUCUUCAUCGUCCCGUGAUCUGUAUCCUUCGUAUUAUUAUCCUAACCGUUAUAAACGACACAAUGGUUACAAUGGAAACUCAAUUACUUUUAGCCGUAAAUCAUUUCGCCAUGGAAGACAAUACAAUGCACUUGAAAAUACUGAUUUGAAUAAAAAUUGGGAAGAUGAUUAUUCAAAUUCCAAAUCAUGGAUAACGCAUUCAGCGUUACUUACACCAGGUCAACAAAUCUGUGUGACAUGCUAUCCGACAUAUAUGCGGGAAGAUUUAGGCUACAGAUGCACAGGAUCUGGACUACCGAAUGUCGAGACUAGAUGGCGUGCAUUGCGUACUUCUGAUUGUCAAGGCCGAUUCCGUAUGGUUAGUAUACCGCAAAGAUCGUGUACAUGUGGUCGAGGCGUUGCAUCAUUCGUAUUUGUCUAGUGAACAGAUAAAUCCAUACAAGAUCUUAUACGUAUUUACUAAUUAAUCUUUCCAAUACAAACGUAAAUCCACCACAUGUAUGUAGAGAAUGACAUAUAUACACAAAUUUUGCACUGUUUUUUUUUGUCCGUUUAUCUUCAAACAUAAAAUCUAAAUUAUGACUAUAAUUUUAUAAUAUACACAUUGCCUAGGAUGUUUACAGUUGUUAGCUAAAUAAUAACUGAAACUUACUAAUUUUUUAUUCCCUAAUAUUGGUGUUACUUUAGGCCAAUCUUUCAUAUUGAUAUGUUUAUUCAUUUUCAUACGAAUCUUAAAGCACUUACUUACACUGU